AUGGAAUCAGAAGCGAGAAAUCAAAAUAACGAUUAUAACAAGUUUUUCUACGCGACCAUGUGUCACGUUUGCAAGCGGUUUGGCGACGACGUCUCUUUGAAGCGAUGCAGUAACUGCAAGAUGAUCUCCUAUUGUGGUCAGGAACAUCAGAAGGAACACUGGAAGCAACACAAAUCUUUGUGCAAAGUCAUACAGGACGUGCUGCAAGACUACAGCAUGGAUGAUCGCGGUGAAACUAUAGAGGAAUGGGCCGCUAAGAAGUUGACCUUCGCGAAGCUAGUGUCGUCCAGGUUGGGACGUCGCCUGAAUGCGGAUGAGAUACAAAUGGUCUGUUUUCCAAGGGAGUGCCUAGUUUGCCACGAACGGAACAUCAAGUCGUUGGAGAGUUGUCAGAAGUGUACUGCCAUCUUUUGUCAAAAUCACAAAGACGGCAUUGAUCACAGGAAUAUCUGCGCUCCCCUGGAACUAGGUCUUCGUACAGAUUUAUUUUUUAUAGAAAAGGGAAACAAACCUCCGGAUAGUUAUUUGCAACAUGUUUCCUGCACGAGUACAUUUCAGAACAUAAAAGACUUUAUAAAGACUUUUGGAAAUAUUCAGACUCACUCGGAGAUGUUGUACAAUGUCUUGGCAGGCAAAUACUCAGAAUAUCUAACACGUCCCUUGACGUUGUUUCAUGCUAUGCGAUUAUUGAACUAUGUCCCAAAAAGCAAAGCUAUAGUCGUUCAUGUUAUAGGUGCGAAUUGCGUCGAAGAAGAUACCUUGAUGGGAUGGGAAGUUUUGCCGCGUUUAAUAGGGACCGCAAUGCCAGUGACGAUUAUAAUGAUUGGGCCGGAAUUAACACGUAAAUUAAAUCCGUUACAUGAUAGCGAUAACUUUAUGUCACGAAAGAAAAAAUGUUUGACGUUUGAGUUUCACGAUGUGUUAUACGAGAACUAUGUAAACAGUCCGUCAUUCGUAAAACCGGACUUGGUUGUAGGGUUUAACCUGUGUAUUCACAAGCAUGAACUUGGGUCCAGUGAGGAAACGUGGGCGCCGUCCAUGAAGUUGAUAGCGAAACAAAAUUGUCCGUUUGUUUUAACGUCUUUGACGCUAUAUGCAUUUAAGAAGGAGACAGACAGAAUAAACACAAUCCUGGAUAGAGAAGUAGAUUAUCUGUAUAGCGGAAAGAAUCUAUUCGCUAGUUUAAGAGCAUAUAGAAUCAUGGGCAGGGAAUACGUUGCAGGCUUCAGCCUCACGCGGAUACCAGAUGAGUUAAGCUGGUAG